AUGCUUCCAUUGGAUCCAAAGAACAAUUACAAUGUAGAAAUUCUUAUUUGUGGAGGAUCGCAAAAGAUUGACAGAACGAGCAACGCUGAUGACACUUGUGCCAGAAUCAAUCUUGGUGAUGAAAACCCUACAUGGGAGAUGGACAGUUUCCUUCACCCAAGAUUGAUGCCUGACGCUGUUUUCCUUGCUGAUGGAAGUGUUCUGUUCCUCAAUGGAUGCAAGAAAGGCUUUGCAGGAUAUCAACAAAAAGGCUUUAUACCUGUCAACUGGGAUCCUACAUUUGAGCUUCAAAUUUAUGAUGCCGUUAAACCCAAAGGAAAGAGAUGGAAGGAGCAGCUUGCAACUACAGAUAUUGCAAGAAUGUAUCACUCAGUGGCACUCACACUUCCGGACGGACGUGUAUGGAUUGCAGGCUCCAACAACAACGACCCCUCCAACGUAACAGCCGAGUAUCCUACUGAAUUCCGAGUAGAAUAUUACUCUCCUCCAUACCUCUUCCAAAGCUCCACACGACCUCUUAUUUCCAACGUUCCAAAAGUAUUUACAUAUGCAGAAAAGUAUGAUCUUCACCUCAACCUCAACUAUCCACUUGGCACCCAUCAACCGGAACACCCCACCAUCAAGGUUGCCCUACUUCGACCUGGAUUCAGCACUCACUCAAUGCACAUGAGUCAGCGCUAUGUAGUUCUCAACUAUGAACUUUCCGAUGAUAAACAGUCGCUGACUAUAGAGUCGCCUCCAAAUGCCAACAUAUUCCCUCCUGGACCGGCGACUCUUUAUGUUCUUCGCGAUGGAGUUCCCGCCGAAGGAAUCUUUGUUUACAUUGCCGAAGACGAAUAUGAUGUCGUUGUAUGA